AUGCCUACCGCCGAAUCUCCCCCACACCACAAUCCCGGCGAGGUCGCACAGGAGGAUACCAAGCAUCUUCAGAUGGACGACUCUUCUGCUCAGCAGGCUCGGAUGGCGAGACUGAAGCACAUAUGCGAUCGGUACCCACCAGUGGCGAACAUAACUCCGUAUGACGUUCCCCUUGGUACGGAGUACAUCUCGCCCAGCACCAACCUCAGCCCCGACGUCGUCUUCGCUCCGGACCCAGAAUUCAACCCUGCCGCCGGUGGGCCCUUCCUCCGCAAUUACGGAUGGGCUUUCACCGAUAAAUGGGCCAUCGAAUAUGCUAAAAAGCUCAAGCUCACGGUCGACAUUGAUGACGAUAAGCCCGACUUCGUCCAGCUCCUGGGUGGAGCGACGACGAUCGAUUGCGCGUCCAUCACCGACGACUCGGUAGUCAUGCAGCACAAAGGGCUACGCCAGUGGGUGUCCCUCGCCGUCCAUGAUGAUAUCAUCUCGGACAUAGAAGACCAUGUGGGCUUCAGACUCUUCCUCGGAUACCCACUCUCGCUCGACUAUGCUUUCAUGGUCGUUCUUUUCACCAACUACAACCUCACGAAGCGGCAGUGGAUCAUCGAGCGCGUCACAAGGACCGACAUCCACACGGCUAUCACGACUCUCAGUGCGAUUAUGGCAGAGCCUGGCGAGAAGUCGAAGGAGGUGAUGUGGUGGUACGCUCAAGGGAACCCGAUUCACCUCGGAUAUAAGUAUCACAUGCCCGUGAGAGAUGGAACGAAAUGCUGGAUGUUGUUCGAAGCUGUACGCAGCGCGCCGAGUGAACCGCGGAUAGAAGAGUCAAGACGGUGUUGGCGUCAUCCCUGGCGGUGUCGAAACGGAUCUGUGGCCAGAGUGUGGCGGCGGAGGGGCGGCUCGAUCGGAGGCGGCCCGGGCUUGGCGGCGACGACCACCCGGUCCUCAAAGCCUCAAAGCCUGCCACCACCUCCCUCUCCUUCCGCACACACCCAUGGCUCAGCUCUCGAGACAACCUCCCCCGCCCUCGCCCAAUGUCUACGAUCGUCCCCGCUCGUCUCCCUCAUCCGCCGCACCUCCUCCCGCCGACCGGCCACAGACCACCCCGGUCGAGACACCACCGGACUCCUCCACGCUCUCCGUCAGGCACCGAGGACUUUCGCUGAACCCCCCUGCAUCCCCCAUCCUCCACGCAACUUCCGCGCGUCCACCGCGUCCGCCGCGACCAAGUUCAGCGAUGGCGCGAGCACCCGCACCCUCUCCUGGGACGCGCGCACCGACCGCUCGCCGCCUGAGAGCCCCUCGAGUGGCCAGGGCACCUACCGCGCACCCCAGUUUGGCGGCGGCGCACACGACGCGAUGGACCCGCCUUCGAUCUACGAGUCGUCGACGAUGCCCAAAUCCCCACCGUCGUCGUCUCCGAGCCCGAGAUCACGCAUGGGUACGACGAGUACGGAUACCCUGGCGACCCCGGGUCAACGCCAGCGCAGCAGUGGUAUGAAUUAUUCUCGCCCCGUCGUCGCCCCUGUGCAGGAAAUCGACUGGGACCAGUCCGAGUCCCGCAAGCGCGACGUGCUCCUGCGGAACGCGAACGCACGCGGGCCCCCGUCGCCCAGCCCCACCCAGAGCUCGUCCUCGCAACGCGCGCCCAAGAGCCCGCGUCUGCACGGCUCGAGCCCGCUCUCGUCCCCCGCGCUCCCCACACACCCUGGCUCGCGCCCGGUGUCACCCGCGUCGAGCGUCGGCAGCUUCCCCCCAAACUCCCCCAUCUCGCCGCUCACGCCCCCCGCGGCGCUGGCACUCGCGGGCACGCAGCGCGUCGUCUCGGCCUCGAGCGUGUACUCAGACUACUCCUAUUACGAGCUCCCCGCGACGCCCACAGGUGGCUCCUAUCCCGUGUCCGCGCCCUCGCCGCGAACCUCGCACGCGAACGCGAAGCCACAGAGCGACACGCUCGCCAACCCACAGACGCCGCAAGACUUCCUCCAGCUCGGGAUCAAGGCGCACCUUGAGAACCGGCUCGAGGCGUCCGCGCGGGCGUUCGAGCGCAGUGCGACGCUCGACGGCGGCUGCGGCGUCGGCAUGCUCAUGUGGGGGCUCGCGCAGCGGCACGGGUGGGGGUGCGUCCAGGAUGAAGCACGUGGGUUCGCGUGGUUGAGACGUGCGGCGGAGCUCGCGGUGGGCGACUGGAGAAGGAGGGGAAGGAGGGGGAUAUUGGCGCAGUCCGGUCGGAGCUGGUGCUUGCGAUCUACGAGGUCGGGCAGAGCUUCUUUCGCGGCUGGGGUGUGCGAAGGACAAGGAGAUGGCCGUGCACGGCUCGGGGAUCCGGAUGCGCAGCAGGAGCUCGGGUUCUGCUUGUUGAAUGGAAGGGGUGCAAAAGGACAAGAAGGAGUCGCGAAUGUUUUACGACCCUCGCAUGCUAGUCCGUUGAUGUCAUGCUCGGUUUUUAUGUUCCACAUGGAGAAAAAAGCUGGGCUCGAGUGGAGCGUCCAGAAAUACAACCUAACGUUGGAGCUUCAGCGGUGUGCCAUAAAGGCGGAGCUUUUGGGGCACAUACUCUACCUGCCCACCAUUCUUGGACUGGGAUCGUUCGUGGGCGUGCCCGCAGCUACCCUUGGUGUCCUCUCCGUCCCGGUGAAAGUCGACCCUGCGCGUUCCACGCUUACAACCGUCGUAGUUGCCGGCCUGUUCCCGUACGUGGCCUACUACUGUCCGUGGUGGCCCGCGCGCGCCGUCGAGCGGUACACGGGGCCUUUCGGCAAGACGCUCUUGAACCCCGCGCUCGUCAUCGGCUCAGACGCUCGCGGACCUGAUGGGCGAGUCGGCGACAGUGCGACGCUUGUGCGCCAGAACGGAUUCGGGCAUCGCAGCCUCGCGCAGGCGUCGGAGUGCACGUCGAAGAUCAUCCAAGACUACCUGAACAACGAUGCCCUGCCCGCCGGAGACGCAACGGUAUGCGAGGUCGACGCGGUGGAGCUGUUCCCCGGUGUUGUUACGAGCGAUGUGGUCAAGAUGAUCAGUUAG